CAAAAUAUCAGUUGUACCGAAAAUGGCUGUUCGCAUACUAAUUGCCGUUCUUCUUAUCUUGUUUGUUUCAUUUACGUACGCAUCUGAUCCUAACCCCCUACAGGAUUUUUGUGUUGCUGUUAAGGAUGAUGAUGCAAAAGUUUUUGUGAAUGGAAAGAUUUGCAAGGAUCCAAACAUGGUUAGUGCCGAUGAUUUCUUCUUUCCAGGUUUGAAUAUGCCUGGGAAUACAUCAAAUCCUCUUGGAUCAAAAGUCACACCUGUGAAUGUCAACCAAUUACCGGGACUCAACACUCUUGGCAUCUCUUUAGUCCGUAUUGACUAUGCACCCUAUGGCCUCAACCCACCACACACUCACCCUAGGGGUACUGAGGUUAUUGUUGUUGUGGAGGGCACUCUCUAUGUUGGAUUCGUGACAUCGAACCCAGCAGAUCCAAACAUGAAGAACAAACUCUUUACCAAGACUUUGCAUCCAGGAGACGUCUUUGUAUUUCCAGAAGGUCUCAUUCAUUUCCAGUUUAAUGUGGGGAAGACUAAUGCCAUUGUAUUUGCUGGUCUAAGCAGCCAAAAUCCAGGAGUCAUCACUAUUGCAAAUGCAGUUUUUGGAUCAAACCCUCCAAUAAAUCUUGAUGUUCUCACCAAAGCUUUUCAAGUUGACGCGAAUGUAAUUAAAUAUCUUCAAGGACAGUUCUGGUGGAACAUAGACUAGAAACCAAAAAUAUCCAUCAUGAGUUUGGGGUCGUAGUCUUAAUAGAAAUAAUUUUUGAGAAUUGAGAAAUUCCUCUAUUGUAUGGUUUCUUGAUCAUAAAGAUCUUCAAAGAAUAUAGUAUAUAUUCCCAUGUAAACUAUGUUCUCUUGAAGAAUAUUAUCAAUAAA